AGAUCUCAUUUGGAACAUGUCGAACGUAGUUCGUGCAGCAGGUCUGGUAGUUUUUCGCCGAAUUUCGGAUAAAAUAGAAUUUUUGUUGCUUCAAGCUAGUUAUCCUCCUUACCACUGGACUCCACCCAAAGGUCACGUCGAUCCUGGGGAAGACGAAUGGGUGGCAGCACUACGGGAAACAAAUGAGGAAGCGGGUUUGGUGCAAGAUCAGCUCAAAAUAUAUGAGGAUUGUCAUGAGACGUUGCGCUAUGAUGUGAAGGGAAAACCAAAAACAGUGAAAUACUGGCUUGCCCUGCUCAAGAACCCCCUCGACGUGAAGCUUUCGCAUGAACAUCAAAUGUGGAAAUGGGCAGAACUUGAGGAAGCCGUUAAAAUUGCGGAUUACGCUGAAAUGGGGGCCCUUCUCAGAAAAUUUCAUGAGGACCCGGCUAAUCUCGUGAAAAUAACCCGCUGCAGUUGGAAAGGGAAUAUUCUCGACGUAAAGCGGUUUAACCUCGGGACUAUCAGGACACAACAAAGCAGUGAAUUUUCAGGUUUAAUGCAAUAUCUAUUCGUUCCAUCGUUCAUUUUUCUGCUAUUUCGGGCUACUCAUGGAAUUAAAUGUUAUUCUGGCUUGAAAUACGUUGUAGGCCAGGACGAGUAUCAAGAUUCAGAAGAAUGCAAUCCAAUUCUUGGCAUUGGUAAUUCCUAUUGCUACACUUUCCGGGAGCAAUAUAGUCUCAAUGAAAUUGUUAAAAUGGGCUGUUCGAAUGUGAUUUGCAAUGCUUUUCGCAAUACAUGCAUGAAAACGGACUUUGCUGGCAUGACUGGUACCAUAUGUUGUUGCAACGAUCGACAUUACUGCAAUUCAUCAUCGCGAAAGACGCGACUCGUCCCAUUUAUUGUGCCUUUAUUGCUAUUCUUCGGUGUUUUUGUGCAAAUCAUGAUUUCUGACAUAUGACGAUUCAGUCGGAGCGAGUACUGUAGCUAAAUUUAGCUCCGUGAAAUGUAGAUUUUUCUAGAACGGUCGUAAUAAUGUACAUAUUCAUGAACAUUGCCAAUAGUUUAGGCGAGUCGUCGCA